AUGGCGUCGUCGAGCACGUCGUUCUCGCAGUUCGACGAGGCCAAGCCCUCCGCUACGACCCUUUUAUGGCAGGCCUCCCAGUAUCGACCGCGAACACACAGGACCAAGGCAAUUGCCUUUUCCAUACUUUCCUUUUUGUUGCUACUAUGGAUGAUAUCUUCGUCUCGGCAACAAGCCGAGCCGGACUUCUGGGCCAAGUUCCCAUCGCGUCACCCCUUUCCUGAACGCCCGGAAGAUGCGCAGGUCGCUCUUCCUCGAAAGUCAGAUCUCUCCGUGAACGAUACCCUCCCCCAUGACCUGGGAAAGACCAACCCCCACCUCCAUGUCCUCGUGCCGACCGUGAAGGGCUCCCGCGGCGCCUGUCGCACGAUGACGUCUGCCAUGAUUCUCGGAUAUCCACCUCCAACAUUGAUCGGUUACGGCCAUGAAAGGCCCGGGGCGACCGAGUUCGAGCGUACGGUGGAGCAAAUCACUCGCGUGCGGGAUUAUCUCAAGAACAGCCGCGUGGUCAAGGAUCGGGAUUUCGUGUUGAUUGUCGACGCCCAGGAUGUCUUCUUCCAAUUACCCCCGCGGGUCUUGGUAGAGCGAUUCCAGGAGCUUCUGCGGAAGAACAAUCAGAAGCUGCAGAAGAAGUAUGGCUAUGCAGUGGUAGAGAAACCCAAUGGUGCUCCUCCGGAUCUGGUGCAGAAAUAUACCCAGCGCGUUCUGUUCGGGGCCAGCAAGCUUUGUUACGGUGCCUUGGACAGUGAUCCUGGAUGCGUGUCUGUCCCAGAGUCAACUCUACCCCCAGAUGUCUACGGAUGGAAGACGGACGUCUAUCCGGAUGGACAUUUGAAUCGACCUCGGUGGUUGAAUCCUGGUGCAGUGAUUGGCCAGGCCGCCGACCUGAGAAUCAUCUAUGAUGAAGUUCUACGUGUGAUGGAGCAGCGCCGCAAGAAGCAUGGCGACUACCAGGCCCUGACCCAGAUCUUUGGACGACAGGAAGUGGUCCGAGAGCUGGAGCGGCUUCGUACCGUCAACAAGAUUAAGGAAUGGGUCUACGGAAUGCUGGGUAUAUCAGAUGCAGUCAACAUUGAUGGUAUCAGUGUUCGCCUCGAGACUGGCCAUCGCUACGAGUACGGCAUUGGCGUGGACUACGAGUCCCAGCUCUUCUUCAACCAGAUCCUCUCACGCAACGACGUCGAGUGGAUCAAGUUCAAUAAUAUCACCAAGACCUCCCUCCUCCAAGGGCAAUUCGGUGUUCCUCGAGAACACCGUCUUCUUCUACCAGCAGACAUUGCAGCUUUGCCAAACCCCUUCAAUCAGACUCGCUUCGCCAGGGAACAAACCACUCCACCUGCGUACAACGCAACCCUGGACAAGCUCCCAAACCCAAAAGACCACACCUGGAACAAUAUCCCCCUCAUGACAAACCCCCACUCGGCCUCCGUCCCAGUUCUGGCCCAUCUCAACGGAGACCCUAAACUACGCAAUGCCUGGUGGGAGAAGAUGUGGUUCUUCCCAUGGGCCCGUGCCUUGCUCCGUCGAUAUGUCCGCUCCUCGCACGGCUUUGAUGCUGCGCAGUCUGCGCUCCUGGGUGGCCAGGAGUGGUGGGAUAUGCGUGGUGGCCGUGGUGGGCUGUGGACGGACGACGAGAAUUGGGUUACACUCUCUGAAGUCUGCGAGGGCCAGGAGCGGGAUCUGUUUGACGACGAUCUCGGUCCUUGGGCUAAGGAGAAUGGCGAUCCGGACGUGCCGGUUUAUAAUCAGUUUGGAAACUUGAUCAAGGGGAAAGAGAAAGAAGAGGAAGAGUUCCUCUAG